AUGACAAAUCACAGUGAUCGUUUUAUGGAGACCUUUGCCUCAGGCAAGCCAUCGAAGCUUGACGAUUUAGAGGUGAAAAGGCAGCAGGUGAUCUUGGAAUAUAAUCAGAAUAUGCUCAACGAGCUCUUGAGAGAGAACUCACUGCGACCUGUCAAAGUGAGUCAAGUUAACGUUCUCGGAGACAAUUUGCAAUUUCGAGAUAGAUUUCUUGCACGUCAGUUACAACCCUUGUUAAAAAAUCCAGGUUUAUUGACUUUAAAGUCAUUUUUACAGAAAGUCGAUACCACAGCUUACAAUUUUACGAAAACGACAGCAGUUGAGCAAGUAACUUCCAAAAUUGAUUCAACUGCUCUUAAGUCACCAGGAAGUUCUCUUGAUACGCUUGAGCUAGUGGCCAAUGUGAAGAUCAAGCCAGUGAAAAAGCUAUUCAUGAAAAUUGGCACCAAUGUUGGUAACGGAGAAGGAGACGGCUAUCUAUCGCUUCAAUGGCGCAACAUUUUCGGUGGUGCAGAAACACUUACCUUUGAUACCAAUAUGGCUUCGAAUCAGAUUGGCACUAGGAACAGAUCACAAUAUCUUUUGGAUUAUAGUAUGCCAAUAUUAAACAGCCCAGAUCACAAGAUUGGCAUCCUGCUUUACCAUUCUUCCAGAUUCAUAGAUUAUACCACUUAUCAUGAGCAGAUUGUUAGCGGGGUUACCACGAAAUUAUCAACUAAUUACCUCCCUUUUGAAAAUCGCUUUAACCAAGAGCUUACAUUCGAGAAUCUCAUACGGACAAUGAGUCUCGAGCCAUCUCCAAAUGGCUACCGCAAUAAUUCUCUGAUUAAUGACUAUUUUUUGUUCAACGCUGGAGAGUCUCCAAAGUCGAGCGUUGUUUACUCGGUGUCCCACGAUACAAGAGAUCAGCCAAUUUUUCCAACUUCGGGACAUCUUUUCAAGUCUACCAUUGAGUAUUCGUUUCUUCCUGCAUCUACUUUCUUGAAGACAACUCUGCAGCUUUUACAAGCCUUCAAGAUCAGCAAUUCUUUGAGCUUGAGCAUGACUAUGAAACUAGGAUUCAUCAAAGGCCUGAACAAUGCUCUUAUUCAUCCGAUGGAUAAGUUUCAAUCGGGUGGACCUAACGAUAUCCGAGGAUUUUGGACAUCAGGCAUAGGACCUAAGCAAAUGGGACUGAGUAUUGGAGGUGACGCAUCUUCCAGUUACGGGCUCAGUCUGUUCCAACGUAUACCGUUUCUGUCAUCUGACUCCAACUUCAAGCUUCACUACUUUCUGAAUUCAGGUAGACUGAUUAAUUUGGACACCUCCAGAACUGGCUUAUUCAGUUUAUUCAAUCAGCUGAAUACCACGGCAGGGUUUGGAAUUGUAUAUGCUCAUCCGGCAGCUAGAUUUGAAUUCAACUUCACUCUGCCGAUCGCGAUACAUAACGGCGAUGAAGUGCGCAAAGGUAUCCAAUAUGGUAUCGGUUUAUCGUUCUUGUAA